UAUAACUCUGCCUUCCUACUAAAGUGUCAUAACUUCUUCCUCUGUCAUUUAUCUCAACUCCAAAGAGCAAUGAUUUCAGAGGUCCAACUAAAAGUCAUAAACAAAAAACUCCCAGUGAUAUUAUCUCCUACAGAGGAGGAUGAGAAGCCGAACAAGGCAGAGCAUGAAGAUGAAGAUGAAGAUGAAGAUGAAGGUGAAGAAGAUGAUUCCCCCUCCUCCUCCGCCUCGGCCUUGUCGCCGCCGUGGCAGCCGUGUGAGAAUAUUCCAAGCCAUGUUCCAACGCCGCCGUGGAAUAAGCAGAUAACAGUGAGAGGAGUGAUAGCAAGCGCCGUAAUAGGAAGCAUUUUCAGCGUGAUAGCUAUGAAGCUCGACCUCACCACCGGAAUCACUCCCAACUUCAACAUCUCCGCUGCUCUUCUGGCUUUCAUCUUCAUCCGAACCUGGACGAAGCUUCUUCGCAGGCUCGGAGUAUCGUCCACCCCCUUCACCCGUCAAGAAAACACCAUGAUCCAAACCUGCGCCGUAGCCUGCUAUAGCAUUGCGAUUGGAGGCCGGUGGACUUGGAUCUUACUUGUUGGGGAUGGACAAGAAAACGUAUGAGCUUGCUGGAGUUGGAACAGAGGGAAACAAUCCGAGCAGUUAUAAGAAGCUUGAGAUGGGCUGGAUGACUGGUUACGAACUUGUAGUUUGCUUUAUUGGCCUUUUUGUACUGAUCCCUCUCCGAAAGAUUCUGAUAAUCGAUUACAAAUUGACAUUUCCUACUGGGAUGGCAACGGCAGUUCUAAUCAAUGGGUUCCAUGCCAAGAGUGAUAAAAUGGGAAGAAAACAGGUCAAGGGGUUCUUGAAGUUUUUUUCUUACAGUUUUGUAUGGGCUUUCUUUCAGUGGUUUUACACUGGGAAAGGGGAUUGUGGUUUCUCACAGUUUCCAACUUUUGGGUUAAAUGCCUGGAAGCAUACAUUCUUCUUUGACUUCAGUUUGACUUAUGUUGGAACUGGGAUGAUCUGCCCCCAUAUUGUGAACUUAUCUCUACUUCUUGGUGCUGUCAUCUCAUGGGGAGUGCUAUGGCCUAUUGUGGCAAGGUUGAAAGGAGAUUGGUUUCCUGCAAAUAUCCCAGAAACCAGUAUGAAAAGCCUUAAUGGCUACAAGGUCUUUAUCUCCAUUUCUCUCCUCUUAGGUGAUGGCCUUUACAACUUCGUCAAGAUAUUAUGUUUCACCCUCUUUAGCAUUCUUCAAAGGUUCAAAAGGAGAAACGUCGUUCUACGUCCGGAUUGCAGUACAGGCAGUGGCGAUGAGCUAAGAAAGGAUGAGUUAUUCAUUAGAGAAAGCAUCCCAAUGUGGGUUGGAGGAGUUGGGUACUUGUCAUUGGCCAUUGUCGCAGUGGUCGCUAUACCGAUGAUCUUCCCUGAAGUGAAAUGGUAUUGGAUAAUCAUUGCCUAUGCAUUUGCCCCUUCUCUGGCUUUCUGUAAUGCAUAUGGUGCUGGAUUAACGGAUAUCAACAUGGCCUACAACUACGGUAAACUUGGGCUAUUUAUGAUGGCUGCAUUAGCCGGGAAACAGCAUGGCGGUGUGCUGGCAGGUCUAGCCGGAUGCGGGAUAGUCAAGUCUCUAGCAAAUGUUUCCUGCAAUCUAAUGAUAGACCUGAAAACGGGCCAUCUCACCCUCACCUCUCCUAGAGCCAUGUUAGUCAGUCAGGGAAUCGGGACCCUCAUCGGCUGCGUGGUGGCCCCACUCAGCUUCUUCCUCUUCUACAACGCCUUUGAUAUCGGAAACCCGAAUGGAGAGUUCAAGGCUCCGUAUGCCCUCAUCUACCGAAACAUGGCGGUUCUCAGUGUGGAAGGCUUUUCAGCUUUGCCUGCGCACUGCUUGCAGCUGUGUUAUGGGUUUUUCGGGUUUGCGGUUUUGGUCAACUUGAUCAAGGAUCUUUCCCCACGUGGGGUCGGGAGAUGGAUGCCGUUGCCGAUGGCAAUGGCAGUGCCAUUCCUCAUUGGAGGCUACUUUGCAAUCGAUAUGUGCAUUGGGAGUGCUGUUGUGUUUGUGUGGCAUAAACUCAAUGCCAAGAAGGCUGAGGUCAUGGUUCCAGCAGUUGCUUCAGGGAUGAUAUGUGGAGAGGGCAUGUGGAUUCUUCCUGCUUCAAUCCUCGCUUUGGCGAAAAUUUCUCCCCCAAUUUGCAUGAAGUUCUUCAGCUCUUGAACAUCAAUCCCUUGUUCUGUUAGUCAUUAAGAUACUCUCAUUUUCAUAGCAAUGAAAUACUGUGCAACUCGAAAGGUAUAGAAGAACAAGUUAUGUUUGGUGUACAACUAAGUUGGUUAACAUACUUGUACAACAAGACUUUUGUAAAUACACAGUAUUUUGUGCAUAUGAUUUUAUGUCUGAC